CAGGACGGCGACUUCGCCAGGGCCGUGCGCGUGCUGCGCCGCCUGGAGGAGUCGCAGCCCACAGGCGUCGACGUGAUGGUCUACAACGCGGUGCUGGACGUGUGCGUCUCGCACGGGGGCGCGCAGGAGGCGCAGCGGCUCCUCGGCGAGAUGCGGCGGAAGGGCGUGGAACCCAACCUCAUCACCUACAACACGCUCAUGAAGGGCCAUUCUGCCAAGGGCGACCUGGCCAGCGCCAGCGCCAUGAUGCGGGAGAUCGCCGCGGCGGGCCUCUGCCCGGACACCGCGUCCUACAACUGCCUGCUCAGCACCGCGAUCACCUCCGGGGACGUCGCAGAGGGCUUGCGCGUGCUGGAUGCCAUGGAGCGCCGUGCCGUCCCCACUGACAUGUACACGGUGUCCAUCAUCAUGAAGGCUGCGAAGCGUGCCAGCAGCCCCAAGGAGGCCGACAAGGCGCUCUCCGUGCUGGACCGCCCUGGCCUGAACGUUUGCGAGGACGAGGUGCUGUUCAACACCGUUCUCGAUGCCUGCAUCUACAGGGCGGAUAAGGCGCGGA